AUGUCAGCAUUAAUCUUUGGUGCAACCGGCCUCUGCGGAAAUGAAAUCCUCAAAACUUCAGUUGCUCUGGCAAAGUUCAGUAACAUCACCACGGUGACUCGUCGUGAUUUCGACUUCGUCUCGGACAAACUCAACAAAAUAGUCGAGGCAGACCCCGCCAAAUAUAAAGACAUCAUUUCCUCUGCCAAGGCCUCGGUGCUUUUCUCUGCGUUGGCCACCACAAGAGCGGCAGCUGGCUCUGCCAAAAGAUUUGUGGAGAUCGAUCAUGACCUCAACUUGGAAAUCGCCAAGGCAGCUAAAGAGGCUGGCGUCAAGACUUUUGUUCUCGUAUCUUCUGUCGGCGCAAAUAGCCUGUCCCCUUUGUUGUAUCUCAAGACAAAGGGCCGCUUGGAGGAUGAUGUAAUUGCUCUCAAGUUCCCCCACACCAUCAUUUUGCGUCCUGGGCCCUUGUUGGGAGAGCGUGAGAAGCCUAAGGGCUUUCUCAAUGACUUGUCUGCGGGAACGUUGAAGUUUUUCCACAACACCUUCAUCGGCAACAACCUAUUUUAUCCUAUCUACGGCAGUGAGGUCGGUAAAGUAGCCGUUCAUUUGGCUGAGGAAUCUCUCGAGCAGUCCUCAGAGGAGCCUGCGGAGGAACCAAAGGUCAAAGUUGUGGGAGGAAAGGAGCUUAUUACUCUUUUCAAGUCCCUAAAGUAG